AUGAAUGAUAAUGGUUGGAAGACAAAUAACAUGGUAUAGGAAAGGAGAUAAAUUCAAAAAGUUCUUAGAUAAAUUAAUUUUGUUAGAUGAAUGCUUUGAAGGAGAAUUUGUAAGAGGAAUGAAAUAAGGAUCAGGAAAGUUUACAAAUAAAUGAUGAAUAAUUUUAUGAGGGAAAGUUUUAGAAUGGAAUUAUGCUAGGUAAAGGUAUGAAAUGAAAAUAGUAAUAUAGAAAAGGAACUUUUACAUCAAGAAAUUAAAAAUGUUAUAGAAGAGAAUGGAAAAAGGGUUAAAUGCGAUGGAUUUGGAAUAAUGAAAUGGGAUGAUGGAAAAUAUUAUGAAGGGAAUUUUGAUAACGGAAAAUAAAAUGGAGAUGAAAAAUUUGUAUGGAAUGGUAAAUAAUAUGUAGGUCCAUGAAUAAAUGGAUAAUAGGAAGGAGAAGGAACAUAUUAAAAUAAAUAAUGUUAAGUGA